AUGAGAUCUCCAAGGAAAUCCAAAUCUCCGAUGAGAUCUCGAAAGAGACCCAGAUCUCCAAGCAGAUCCAAAUCUCCAUCGAUAUCCCAAUCUCCAAAGAGGAGAGUCAAGCGUCCAAGGAUGACAGCAAAAUCUCCAAGCAGAUCCAAAUCUCCAUCGAUAUCCCAAUCUCCAAAGAGGAGAGUCAAGCGUCCAAGGAUGACAGCAAAGUCUCCAAUGAGAUCCAGAUCGCCAAGGAGAUCCAAAUCUCCAAUGAUAUCCAGAUCUCCAAGCAGAUCCAAAUCUCCACAGAGGAGAGUCAAAACUGCAAAGAGGAGAGCUAAAUCUCCAAGCAGAUCCAAAUCUCCAUCGAUAUCCCAAUCUCCAAAGCGGAGAGUCAAGCGUCCAAGGAUGACAGCAGAGUCUCCAAUGAGAUCCAGAUCCAUAAGGAGAUCCAAAUCUCCAAUGAUAUCCAGAUCUCCAAGCAGAUCCAAAUCUCCAAAGAGGAGAGUCAAAACUGCAAAGAGGAGAGCUAAGUCUCCGGGGAUAUCCAAAUCUCCAAUGAGAACCAGAUCUCAAAUGAGAUCUCCAAGGAGAUCCAAAUCUCCAAUGAGAUCUCGAAAGAGACCCAGAUCUCCAAGCAGAUCCAAAUCUCCAUCGAUAUCCCAAUCUCCAAAGAGGAGAGUCAAGCGUCCAAGGAUGACAGCAGAGUCUCCAAUGAGAUCCAGAUCGCCAAGGAGAUCCAAAUCUCCAAUGAUAUCCAGAUCUCCAAGCAGAUCCAAAUCUCCACAGAGGAGAGCAAAGUCUCCUAGGAUAUCCAAAUCUCCAAUGAGAACCAGAUCUCAAAUGAGAUCUCCAAGGAGAUUCAAA